GACACGAUGGCCAGCUGUCCCGGUUUCUCAACUUUCCAUUCUUGUAGGUACCUCCUUUCAAUGGUAGCGCGCGCAAAUCUCGAAUGCUUGUAGGGGAAUAUUCAAAAGAGAGAGGUAGGACAAAAGGGACACAGACUGGAAAAAAAAUUUAAAAGAACCGGUGCCGAUGCGUUUUUGUGUUAAAAAAAAAAAAAUGAUUGCUCGUUAAAAAAAAAUCGGCUGCAGUAGGUCAGGUUCAAUAGCAACGAGGACUGUGCUAGAAAACGGGAGGAAAAACAUAUCAACACGAACGUCCUACAUAUUUAGUCGGAUAAAACGAAAACAAGAGAGCCAAUCUGCUGAAACGAAGAAAAGAAAUCGAACCUUGAUUUUUUCGUUCUUCUGGUUUAAUGGCUACGAUUUGUUUUUCUUUUGUGGGGUUUUUACCCACAAAAAAGGACGUCGAGUCAUUGAAUUCAUGUAUUUUUUUUUCUUUCUUUGGGAGGGGGGAGCUGUGCACACAAAUGAUUGACACGAUGUGUGGGUUUUCUUUUUCUAAAUCAAUCAAUUGAAUUGAUAGAUAAAUCAAGAAACAAAAGUAAAUUUCGAAAAUGUGGAGAUUUUUAAUGAAAAGUAAGGGCCGCAGCGGUCUAGACUUGAUGAGUUCAAAUCUGAAGAAGAAAAAAAAAGAAGGAAAAGACAGUGGGGUGGAGAGAAUGGCGUUGUUUUUGGGGAGGCGUGCGGGAGUCACGAACGAAAAGGAGAGAGAAGGCAACGUUCGUCAGUUAUCGCUGGGCUCGGCUACGCUCUAGACGUGUUUGGUUUUCUGCCCCGUGUGCCUUUGUUUUUUCUCAUUUUCAAGUCGACAGUCGUUCGAAUUCGAGGCAGUUUAGUUCACAUUUUGUGUUGGAAAAAGAGAAAGAAAACAUGUCGCUUGUCGUUCGGAGGAAGUGCUGCUUGUUCACGUCAUCAACAGUGCAUCGCCAUCUUGUCAAUUGUUUCGAUUGAAAUCAGCAUUUUUUUUGUUUUUUUCACACCAGAAAUAUUUGAUUGGGGUGUUGUGCGUGGCUAAGUGAGCGAGUCUCGGAUCGUUAAAACAAAAGGAAAACGUUUAGCUAAAUCAACCAGAAAACAUAAUCGAAAAGAGCUGGUGCGGAUGUAGUGAGACAUGUGGUCAGGUGUGAUGGUGUCUCUGAGCAGUUCAGUACCUGUCGUCAAAAUGGAGGGUCUGGUCAAAUUGUGCGCCGAGAGUCUUCAUUUUGUCCUCCUCGGUCUCUGUACCAGGAAGGCGAGGAGGAAAGAGAAGGCGGAUGUGGCCGGCGUGACAGGCGGAUCGAACGCCGGCCUGGGUGGUGGCGGCGGCGGCGGCGGUGGUUUGGGACUGGCCGGUACGGUCUCACUAGCCGGCGGCGGUGGAGGCGUCGGCAACGGGCCUUCGACAUUAGUCGGAGGCCUUGUGGGUCAUACGGCCGCUCACGGCCAGUACGGAGACGCCGAGCACAAGCUCUACCUGGAGUCGACGGUACUCGAACGCAAAGUGCCCGAAGCCGAUCUACGUCAGCUGAUCGAUCUCCCACCUGGACUCGAUCUCAACGAAUGGCUCGCCUCGCAUACGAUUGCGUUUUUUGAACACGUCAACCUCCUCUACGGUGCCGUUUCAGAGUAUUGCACGCCUACCAGCUGUCCCGACAUGCUCGGUCCCGGUCAAAGACAGUAUACGUGGAUUGAUGAACGAGGUAAAAAAAUCCGACUGUCGGCGCCGCAAUACAUCGACUACGUCAUGACGUACGCUCAGCGAACCGUCAACGACGAAGGCAUCUUUCCUACCAAAUUCGCUCACGAAUUCCCGACGACGUACGAGACGGUGUUGAGGAAGAUUCAGCGUUUGCUGUUUCACGUCGUGGCUCACCUGUACCAUCGGCACUUUCGCGAGUUGCUCCUGCUCGGCUUGCACAGUCACCUGCACGGCCUCUUUGCCCAUUUGAUAUUAUUCAAUAGCCGGUUCCGCCUUAUCGACGACAAGGAGACGGAGAUCCUCAAUGACUUGGUCGUCGCCUUACGACUACAAACUACCGACGAUGAUGUAAAAGGCGUAACGCCUUCACCGCAGGUGGCCAACAGCCGAUCCAGUCAGCCGAGUCCACAGCCGGACUCGGCCAGUGCGUCCGGUUUGGACCCAACAACAGCCACCGAUGGUCAUCUAGACGAGUGCGGACAUCACAUCGUUCGUAGCGGAUCGGGUCACGAUCCUCCACUUCACCUAGGCACGUCGGAAGUAGUUUCCACUGUAGAAUCCCGUUAAAAAAAAAAUUGUUUUGUUACGAGGUGCAGAAAGAAAAGACGAAAGAAGCAGCGAAAAAAAAAAAAACGCGAAAAAAAAAAAAUGGAGAAAAGAUAAAGAAAAAAAAAAAAAACAUUUUUUUGUGAUCCUGAAAUAUUUUGAAAGGAUCUUUAGUCAUUCGUUGCAUCCCCUACAAAGAAAAAGAAAAGAAACAAAAAAAAUUCUCUUUACUUUCUUCUAUCCCUCUUGUCCUAUUAACUUCAAUCCUUGACUUGGAGUGUGCGAUUUAUAUAUCCGCCGCCAUUUUUUUUUUCACUUCCGUUUUACAGCGGGAAAAGAAAAGAAAAAAAAGGAGAAAAAAGAGAACCGCACGUUUUAGAUUUCGGUUUUUUUUUGUAUUAUUAUUAUCAUCCUAUUUUUUUUUGUUUACUCUCCUUUUAAAAAUUUGAAAAAUGAAAUGCACACGCGCAUACGAGAGAUAUCAUUUAAAAUAAAAGAAAAAGAAACUGAAAAUCCUAAAUCGAUCACGAAAUCGAUAAGCGAGUGCAAAAAAAAAUCCUUAGCAAAAAUUUGAAAAAAAAAAUGAAAAAUUAAUAUAAAAAAAAAGAGUAAAAAUUAAUUUUCAUUUACGAAGAAGGGGAAGGGAGGGGGGGGAAUUAAAGGAAGUGUGUUUACGUUCUCUCUCAGGGUUUUUUCUGUAUUAGAGAAAUGGGUUUUCUUUUUCUUUUCUUUUUUUUUUUUUUUUAUUAUUUCACAUGUGAUCAUUCCGGAUUCCGGAAGGAUCUUUGAAAGUGUUUUCACGAGUUAUUCGUAGAUUGAAUUUAACAAACAACCAUCAACAACUUCAAAAAAAAAAGAAAAAAAAAUUAUAUUUUUUUUUGAUUUUUUCCAUCGCCAUGUGAUAAAAAGAAAAAAAAUUUUCUUUUGAGUUUCAGACAGAAAAAAAAAAAGAAGAAAACGAAAUCGAUUAAAGGUGUACAUCAAUGCAUCCCGCGUGACACGCAAACCUCUUACGUUGUUUGUAAAUCAUUUUUUGUUAGACCUUUUCAUUGGCAACAAAUUAUGAAAUUUCCCCUCCCAUAAACAAAA